AUGAGCUCAGAGACAGAGGCGCAGAUCAUCAUCGACACUUGCCACACCACAAUACACACACUGGGCAGACAAAAUGGUACUAAGGACAAGCGACUACGGUACAUGGAGAAGGAUGGCAGGUUUCCUGUGGUGUUUCAAAAGGCCCCCGGAGAGUGGAGCCCAUAUCUGAUGGACAUCUUCACCACUCUUGUGGAGAUCCGUUGGAGGGUCAUGCUCCUCGUGUUUUCCCUCUCCUACAUUGUCUCCUGGCUCUUUUUUGGUUUCUGUUAUUGGCUUAUUGCCUUUGUAAACAAGGACACUGACAAUCCAGAUAGUAAACCCUGCGUGGAAAAUGUGCGCAGCUUCACUGCAGCCUUCCUAUUCUCACUGGAGACUCAGGCAACCAUUGGCUAUGGUUUCCGAGGAAUGACUGAGAACUGCAUGGUGGCCAUUAUUGUGGUGACGAUUCAUGAUGUGCUGAGCUGCUUCAUUGACACCAUUGUCAUUGGCAUUGCUGUCGCUAAAAUGGCAUCAGCACGUAAAAGAGCACAGACAGUCGGUUUUAGCAGCUGUGCAGUGGUUAACCUGAGAAAUGGUGUUCUUUGCCUCUUAUGGCGCCUCGGGGACUUCAGAGGUAAUCAUAUCCUGGAGGGCACUGCCAGGGCCCAGUUAGUCCGCUAUGUGAGGCACCCGCUGGGCUCCAUUAAGAUGCUGUAUGAGGACCUGGACAUUGAGAGUAGGGACAUCAUUUUGGCCACACCGGCCACAAUUAUUCACAAACUGAAGCCUGGCAGCCCCCUCUACAGCCUGGGCCCUGAUGACCUGCUGGAGGAGGACUUUGAACUCGUGGUGUCUUUUACCUACCCUGGUGACUCUACAGGGAUGCUACACCAGACACGCACUUCCUACACCCCAGCAGACAUCCGCUGGGGCCAGCGUUUCCAGGACAUGCUGAAAGUGGGCAAGAAGCACUACAAGGUGGACUAUGCUCUGUUCAAUGAGACCAUGUGGGUGCAGGUGCCCAUGCUCAGUGCAGAGGAGUACGACAGGGGGAGAGCUCCAGUAGAGGACAGCCAGUCCCAGAGCACCCUCUUAAAUUCAGUCAGCAUAUGCAGAAACGGCUGCCGAGUGAAACCUGAUGUCACCGAGGAGAUUGUUCUGGAAGCCCGGCUGUAG